GCCACAUUUCAUUUGCUUUGAAAUAUCCUUCAAUCCAGGUUUUAUCCUGAUCCCAAGUAGAUGCACAAACUGAAAGUAAAAAACAGCUUAGAAACAAUGGCAUGAAACAGGACCAAUUUUCAUGAGCUACUUCAUCCAGUGCUAAGACAUGUCUGGCUCAAAAUGCUGGUCUGGUGUCCACAGAAAACCAAAGUCCUUGAUUGUGUCACAUUCUCAGUAGUGAUGACUGGGGAGAAGAACAGAGUGAAAAGUGCAGGAGGGAUGAUGGAACAUGUGGAACAAACUGGUAUGCCUGGGACCAAGCCUUAACUGUUGCUGGCUACCCUGCAUGCCUCACAGUGCAGCAUGAUUAGGAUCAGGAGGAAGAAACUUUGGGCAUCUUGCUUUUGCAUCGUGACCUGCUUUUUCCUUCUUGUGACACUCCAGGUGGUAGUUGAAUUGGGCAAAUCAGAAAGGAAGGAAAUAAUUCUCUCCAGCUUGCAAGAUGGCCCAUUAAAACUGGAGGAACAGAAGAAACAGGCUUAUCAGUUCUUGAAGAAACAGGAACUCUUUAGUGAUGUGAAGACAGCCGUGGCUGUAGACCAAUAUCCCAUUCUGCUCUGGUGGUCCCCUCUGACUGGAGAGACAGGGAGGCUAGGGGAGUGUGGAGAGGAUCUUUGCUUCUUUACCAUCAAUAGGACCUACCAGCAUAAUCACAUGACAAGAGCAUUUCUGUUCUAUGGUACUGACUUUAAUAUAGAGAGCUUACCUCUCCCUCGUAAAGGCCAUCACGACUGGGCCCUUUUCCAUGAAGAGUCACCCAAAAACAACUACAAACUUUUCCAUAAACCUACCAUCACCUUGUUUAACCACACAGCUACCUUUAGUCGCCACUCCCACCUGCCACUGACUACUCAGUACCUGGAGGGCAUAGAGGUCCUGAAGUCUUUGCGAUACAUGAUCCCUUUGCAGAAGAAAAACAGCUUGAGGAAAAGGCUAGCACCACUUGUGUAUGUGCAGUCUGACUGCGACCCUCCCUCUGACCGGGACAGCUAUGUGAGUGAGUUGAUGAGCUACAUUGAGGUGGACUCCUAUGGGGAAUGCUUACAUAACCGUGACCUUCCUCAGCACCUCAAAAAUCCUGCCUCCAUGGAUGAUGGGAGCUUCUACACACUACUAGCUCAGUACAAAUUCAUUCUGGCUUUUGAAAAUGCAGUCUGUGAGGACUAUAUCACCGAAAAACUCUGGAGGCCGCUAAAAUUGGGAGUGGUGCCAGUGUAUUUUGGAUCCCCUAGCAUUGCAGACUGGCUUCCUAGCAAUAAGAGUGCAAUUUUAGUAACAAGAUUUUCACAUCCCAGGGAGUUGGCCCAGUACAUCAAGGCCCUGGACACAAAUGACCAAGAAUAUGUGGCCUACCUUGAAUGGAAACUGAAAGGAGACAUUUCCAAUAAAAGGCUGCUCACUGCUAUGAAGGAACGCAAGUGGGGAGUCCAAGAUAUCACACAGGACAACUACAUUGAUGUGUUUGAAUGCAUGGUGUGUCAUAAAGUGUGGGAAAACAUCAGAAGGCAGGAAAAGGGAUUCUUACCCAGGAGAUGGAAUGCAGAGGUUAACCACCUGAGCUGCCCCAAGCCUCAGGCUUUCUUGUUCUCCUCUCCAAAUGUGCACCGGGCCUCUCUAAGAGAUAUGUGGAUACCAAGCUUUGAACAGUCCAAGAAAGAAGCCCAAGCAUUGAGGCUACUAGUGGAAAGGAACAUGAAUUUCUCAGCUCAGGAAUUUUGGACACUUGUAUUCAAAGAAUAAACAAGCCAAGCUAUCAAAGAUAGUGAGCUCCACAAAAGAACCUAUGAAAUAUAACUUUUGCAGGCUGCCUUAAUAUUUGUAGGUCAUUAAUGAGAAAAGAGUCAGAUUGUUCUGUAAGAUAGAUUUUAGUAGGUACAGUACUCAGUGAGUACUAUACUAAACUACAGAUUACCCAGUGGGACUUUUAAAAUAUAUAUAUUUUUAUACUAAUUGCCAGUAGUUCUAACUUUUCACUGUUAAGAGCCCAAAGUACUUAAAUGUGUGCCUCAUUUUGUGCAGCUGUCUGGGUGAAGCUAAUAGCACUACUUGUGUGCAUAGGAGGGGUUGUUGCUUCUGCACCUUGCAGAAUUAGGACCUCAUAUUCCAUGAUCUGAGCUUCUAGUUCCCUAGGUUGCUGUUCACAGAGUUUUCACCAACCCAUGAUUUUGGCUCAUGUGCUCUGAGGUUGCUCUGUUUAUCGUUGGCCCCUUUGGUAUAUCAGCAGUGUUAGUUCAGACUUGGCAAGCUCAGUCCCCUGAUGUGGAGUGCAAACAUGGAAAGCAUUAGCAGUUGGAAUUGGGAAGCUCCAUCUACUAGUGCCCAGGGACUGAUUAAGGGAAAACGUGCUGGCUAAGGUUUGCCCACCAUCUCCUAUUUAAAAUAUAAGUGCACAAGAAUCUUCCUCCCCACCCAAACCCCCACAGGAUCAUUCCAAAAUAAAUAGUUCUGUUUCAUUUCUGAUAAUAUACUUUCCUUCAUUAAAACCAUAGUAGUAACACACAGCUGAAUGGCUGUGAUGCUUGGAUGAAGCAGGGACUAAAGUAAGGGCUUGCUCCCACUGCAAAGACUAGGUUUGGUACUCAUGCUGGCUCAGACUAUGCCAUCCAUUUUUAAUUGGUGCUCUCCAUUCCAGGCCAGGGGCAAUUCUGCUUAAAAGUAAUAGUACAACAUGACUCAUGUCUGGUUUUGCUCAGCCCAGUGGGGCAACUCACAAGAGUAAGGGUUACUGAAGUGAUUAAGAUAUAAAGAUUUACAGGAUUAGACCUCAGAGAUAAUGGCUGAAAUAUAUUACUGUUUGUGCUGUCGAGAAGUUGGCUUUUUACUCAUCUGACAAUUAAAAUAUAGCCACUCCAGACAGCUCACCAACUUCUAAGAAAAAUAUGAUGUUAGGUUAUUAUAUAAAAGGGCAAGAGUGGGAAAGUAGGUAAUGAAUAGUUUUGCAAAACAAAGUGCCAAAACGUUCAGGCCACAGAAUUUGCUCACUUCGAAGUCAGCUGUUGGAUUCCAAAUAUUUUGUAUGAAUAACUUGUGAUUAUUUUUUAGACUAGCAAGAGAAAGGGCAGCUUUAUGGCUUAAAAAUAUAGUUUUGGUCUUACUGGGCAUGUCUACAUGUGCAUUAAUAUACCUUUUCUAAUAUGCAUUAAAUUUAGUACUUCCAAUGUGAGACACUAAAUUAAUGUGCAUUAGGCUGCACUAAUACACAAUAGCACAUUUGAACACUUUUUUAGUGACACUUAAUGUGCAGUAGACUAUUUUACUGCACAUUACUUUAAUGUCACAGGUUUUUACAUGACAUUUUAAUGUGCAGUAAAGUAGUCUACUGUGCAUUAAAGUGCACAUGUAGACGCACCCACUGAGGUUAAAUUAUUCCAAUCAGCAGCACAUUUAAGCAUGUGCUUAAUUUUAGGCAAGUGAGUAACCCUAUAGAAGUCAUAGUAGUAUCAUAGUAUCAUAGUAGCUAGGGUCAGGAGGGACCUGAACAGAUCAUCUAGCCUGACCCCCUGCCACAGGCAGGAAGUCACUUCCUUAAAGUUACUCAUAUGCUUUGUUAGCUUGCAACAAUGUCAAUUUAACAACAGUUUAAUCAGCUCUUUAUUCACAGGUCUUUAAUGUAAAUAAUAAAUAAACCCUAUUUUCAGGAAAGAUACUUAAGCAUAUGGUUAAGGGCUUUUCUAAGAUAGGAACUAAGAUUGGACUAAUCCUUAAUCCAGGAAGCAAUCUCUGUAGAUAUCUCUUGCCUUUCAAUCUGUUGUCCUGCAUUAGUAUUCUUUCUGUCAGGUUGACAUAGGACAUCCAUACCAAUAUGAGUUAAUGUUGUGAUCAGUUUUUCCAUUAGUUUUAUCAAGCACUUUCGUAAACAUCUGGAGCCAGAGUUUUAAAAUUACUCCAGAUCUGAAACUGGGAUCAUAUUUUCAAAAAUGAAAACAAGGAAGUUGAGCCGUGUAGUUCUGAAAGCAGGUUUCAUCAGUGGCGGAACCAUAGAAACAUGGCAGGUUUGGAGAACCCUCCACAUAUUAAAGACCCCCACAUAUUAAAGAUUUCUUAGCAGGUGAGCAAACAUUGCUUUCCUAAUUCAACUUGGAAGGUGUGGGAAAUUGGGGAAGAAGUCCCAAAUUCAGCUAUUAAAGCACUUUUAUCUGUAGGCUGGUAUGUGGAUUUUGGAAGCUGGAAAGUGACCAUCUUAGAGACAGGCCUAUGUCUCUUGGCUAUUUGUCUCUAUUAGACCAUACAACUUCCCUGCUAUUUACAAACACUUUAUAAAGUUUCCCCUCUGCAAUUAAAUCUAAAGUCUCUUGGCUAUCUGUCUCUAACACCAGACAGUAACAGAUGCUUCAAAGGAAGGUUAAAAACACUUAACUAACAACCUGCUUGGAAAGUGAAAAAAAGAAACAUUGCCCAGGCAGCUAGUGACUAGCUUGACACCUGUUAGUUUAGUGCCUUGAACACAAGAUGUACAUCUAGACGAGCGUGCACGUGUCUGUUGUGGCAUCUCAAAGCAGUUUGAGAUGCUGCAAGAGGCACACUGGGAAAAAAAUGUUCCCCAUAUUUGCAGCACGGGCUCUAAAUUCAAUACCUGGAAAUCUAGGUAUAAAAAAAAAACCCAUGGAAAAAAGCAGGCCAAGUUAUGUUUCUGUAGUGUGCCCUAAGGCAGUGGCAUACCGAUGGGCAGGGGUGGGGGGAGCGUGGGAGUGGGGCAUGGCCCCUGGGCCCUGGCUGGGGGGCACCGGCCAGAGAGGCUGGGGCACCUCCUGCAUUUUGUGAGUGGUCCUCCUGCUGGGCGGGUUGUAGCUUUUUUUGGCUGUUCAGGGUGGAAAUUCUGGCUGCUGCCCCUCCCCCACAACUGGUGUGCCAUGCUGCUAACUCCCCUGUUGAUGUGCCAUGGGGCAGGAGGUGGGGCCCUGCAUAGGCUGAUUUGCUUCAGGUCCUGCACCCUGAUCAGAUUGUCCCGGGGGGGGGAGGGGCACAAAUGCAAGCAUUGGCCCCUGGGUGCCGGAGACCCAUGGUACGCCACUGCUAGAGUCUGAGUCCUCCAAAAACUUGCUCUGGCAUCUUGCCAGAGUGUCUCUAUAGUUGCCCCCUUCCCCUGCUACCCUAGCACACUGCCUCAGCAUGCUGGGGCAAAUAGAAGUGGGGCAAGGCUGCAGUGUGACCUGGACCCAGAUGCUGUUGUAGGUAAGUAGAUUGUGGGGGUGGGGAUGGGGAUUGUGUGUGGGAGGACUGUGUGAGUGUUGGGUGGGUCCCCUGCCUACCCCCUGCACAGUGCACAGCCCCCCUACUGUAGCAGCAGCAGCAGCCGCCAGGCGCUCAGGGCCCACUGCUGGCAGAGACCCCUGCAGUAUGGCACGGCUCCAGCCACCUCAGACCCAGUGCUGCCUGUGCCAUAUGUCAUGGGCCCAGCCUGGCAUCAGGAUGUGCACCUUUGGGUAGCACUGGGCCACCCUGGCUUUCACCUGGGGUUCCAGCAUUGCUUGCAGGGGCCAUGCAUUAGGCCAGGUCCUGUCUCCAAGUGCCCUGUACGCCAUUGGGACAGGCCAGCUCCAUGGCCCAGCACAAUGCGUGGCCCCUGUGUACAGUGUUCGGACCCCAGGUGACAGCCAGAGUGGCCUGGGGCUGCACUGCGCUGAGGGGGGCAGGCCCUGAGCGCCAGACAGCUGCUGCUGCAGGAGGGCUGUGCACCCUGUGGGGGGCAGGCAGGGAACCCACUCCUCCCAAGCAACCCCCCCACACCCACAUGAUCCCCUCAUACCCACAAAACCCAAAACAAUCUGCCCACAAACCCCACACUGCUAUAUUCAGCCACAAAUUCCAACCCCCCACACAAGCCCCAUACCCCUCACAAACCUCACCCCCACAAACCCUACACCCACCCAAUCCCCCCACAAACCCCACACCCACCCCUCCCACCCUAAAUCCCACAUCCCCCACCAAAGAUCUCACACACUGCAUGCCCAGCUGGCCACAUGGGAUGAAACAGGACCUGCUGGUGGGAGCUGCAGCUGUAGGGGCAACUGCCACACUGCAGCCCUUCCCUGUGUCACACCAGGGCUGGGAUAUGCGGCCCCAGCCUGGGGGCGCUCUGGUCCCAGGAAUCACUUGUGGGGUGUGAUGGGCUGGGGGGAGGGGGCAGGUGGCAGCAGGGGUGUGUGUGUGUGAGAGAGAGAAAGAGAGAUGGGGAUUGGGGGUAGGGGAGAGCUCUGGGUAGGAGAGGCCGCCAGAGCCAGGCCAAGAGCCCCCCUGCUUCCCUAGAGAAGCCUGUGCAGGGGGAGACCGGCCUGGAAGGGAAGGGCCUUGCCCAGCCCAGACCCUGAGCCCCAGGAGUGGCAUAGGGAUUGCUGGGGCCUGGACACAGGUGCAGGGAGCAGAACGGCAAGGGAAGGCACUACUCAGAGCAAGGGCAGGCAAUUAUUGCAGGUGGAGGGCUGCUUAAUGAGGUUUGGUGAACUUUCAAGGGCCUUAUGGGUAGCCCUGCCCGUUGACAGUUGCCCUGCUCCCUGGUCACCAUCUUGAGACCAGAAGUCCCACCCAAACCCCUGACUUUUGCCACUGAAAGUCCUUGCCCUUGCUCCCCUGGAAAUACUCCUUUUGGGAGGUAGGGCGAGUUGCCAUCUUAGAACCAGAAAAAAACAAAUCAUACACUAAAAGUCAAACACCUACUAUAACAUAUUUUAAUUUUAUUACAAAACCAUUUUUUGUCAUGAUUUGUAUUUUCAUACUGUAUAUAGAGGUGAUUGCAUAAUACCUUAAAAUAAAGUCUUAGUUUUCUA